GGUAGUUUAAUUAGGCGCCCGGGAAUUGCUGCGGUUUGCAGUCCUUUAGCACUUGAAUGCACACUUACAGAAGGAAAAAGGGUCCUUAGUGUGGUUUGGGGCUGGUGGGGAGUAAGGUGAAUGUGCCGUUGUGGAACCAAAGCACAGGAAGCGCUUCCUCUCAUCCCCAAGGAGCCUAUCCCGCGGGCCGCGGCCGCCUCUGGACGGUCCGGAGAGAACAUGGCGGCCCCCGGAGCCCGGAGCUGCAGCCUCUCGGGCCUGCUCCCGGCUCAGACCUCGCUGGAGUACGCUCUGCUCGACGCCGUCACCCAGGAGGAGAAGAAUAACCUGGUCUACCAAUAUCUGCAGAAGGUGGACGGCUGGGAGCAGGACUUGUUAGUGCCCGAGUUUCCGGAAGGGUUAGAAUGGCUGAACACAGAAGAGCCUAUUUCUGUCUACAAGAAUCUAUGUGGAAAAGUGAUCAUCCUUGAUUUCUUCACCUAUUGCUGCAUAAAUUGUAUUCACCUACUGCCUGAUCUCCAUGCCUUAGAAGACACCUACUCUGAUAAAGAUGGUCUUUUGAUUGUCGGUGUUCACUCGGCUAAGUUUCCAAACGAGAAAGUCCUGGAUAACAUUAAGAGUGCUGUUCUCCGCUACAACAUCACCCACCCUGUGGUUAAUGAUGCAGAUGCCAGCCUUUGGCAAGAGCUGGAAGUUUCCUGCUGGCCAACUCUGGUCAUAUUUGGACCCCGUGGAAACAUGUUGUUUUCUUUGAUUGGAGAGGGACACAAAGAUAAAUUAUUUUUGUAUACUUCAAUAGCUUUAAAGUAUUACAAAGACAGGGGACAGAUCAGAGAUAAUAAAAUUGGAAUAAAACUCUAUAAAGAUUCUUUGCCACCUUCACCAUUGCUAUUUCCUGGCAAAGUAACAGUAGACCAUGUUUCUAAGAGAUUGGUAAUAGCGGACACUGGACAUCAUAGAAUUUUGGUCAUCUGGAAGAAUGGACAAAUUCAGUACAGCAUUGGAGGACCCAACCCUGGAAGAAAAGAUGGAAUAUUUUCAGAGUCAACUUUUAAUUCUCCACAGGGUGUAGCCAUAAUGAAUAAUAUCAUAUAUGUGGCAGAUACUGAAAACCACCUUAUAAGAAAGAUUGACCUAGAAGCUGAGAUGGUGAGCACCAUAGCUGGCAUUGGAAUUCAAGGCUCAGAUAAAGAAGGUGGAGCUAAAGGAGAGCAGCAGCCCAUUAGUUCCCCGUGGGAUGUAGUUAUUGGAACAUCAGAUUCAGAGGUCCAGAGGGAUGACAUUCUGUGGAUAGCCAUGGCAGGGACUCAUCAGAUAUGGGCACUCCUACUGGACUGUGGUAGACUCCCAAAGAAAAGUGAGUUAAAAAAAGGAACCUGCCUUCGGUUUGCGGGAAGUGGAAAUGAAGAGAAUCGAAAUAAUGCAUAUCCUCACAAGGCAGGUUUCGCCCAACCUUCAGGUCUUUCUCUGGCCUCUGAAGAUCCCUGGAGCUGCCUGUUUGUAGCCGAUAGUGAGAGCAGCACAGUGAGAACCGUCUCACUGAAAGAUGGAGCAGUGAAGCACCUUGUAGGAGGAGAGAGAGAUCCCAUGAAUUUAUUCGCUUUUGGUGAUAUUGAUGGAGUAGGAAUUAACGCAAAGCUUCAGCACCCACUUGGAGUAACAUGGGACAAAAAAAGGAAUUUACUUUAUGUGGCAGACUCUUACAAUCACAAGAUUAAAGUUGUGGAUCCAAAAACAAAACACUGUACAACAUUAGCAGGAACUGGAGACGCAAGUAAUGUUAUUGGUUCCAGUUUUACCGAGUCAACUUUUAACGAACCAGGAGGAUUAUGUAUUGGAGAGAAUGGUCAGUUAUUAUAUGUAGCAGACACCAAUAAUCAUCAAAUUAAAGUGAUGGAUUUAGAAACAAAAACGAUUUCUGUGCUCCCAGUCUUCAUGUCUGAAAGUACGAUAGUAGAUGGCCCAUUCCUGGUAGAAAAACAGAAGACAGUACCCAUACUACCUAAAUCUGCCCCAGCCAUUAGACUUCCCCCAGUGGCUGCAUCUCCAGGACAGACUCUCCAGUUCAAGCUAAGAUUAGACCUCCCGUCAGGAACAAAACUAACUGAAGGAGCACCUAGUUGCUGGUUUCUAACAGCCAAAGACAAUGAAUGGCUUCUUCAAGGGCAGAUACCAUCUGGAGAAAUAGAGAGCAUUUCCAGUCAACCAACCAUCCAACUGCAGAUCCCUGCAGAUUGCUUAUCACCUGAAGCUGUUAUAUCUGUCAGCGUGCUGCUUUAUUACUGUAGUGCAGACAGCAGUGCCUGCAUGAUGAAGGGAAUUUCGUUCAGUCAGCCUUUACAAAUAACCCACGCACAACAAGGUUGCGCAGCCCCAGUAGAGCUCAAGUAUAUAUUUUAGCAAGCUAGCUAGCAUCCCAGUCUCCACAGCUGCCUGUUCUCCAUCCUCACUGUAAUUCAUGAAAAGAAACUUUUCUGCUGCCGCUGGAUACCAAGAAGCCCACUGCUCAGUUCUAGCAACUGAUAAAGCUAUACUUCUUAUUUAAUUAUUUAUUAUAAGCAGAUUUCUUCAUUCUGGCCAUAUACCAGCUAAGUCACUGACCAUCAUUUGAACCAUGAUGUUAUAACCGAUGCUGCUGUUUAGCACAAGACUUAAGUCCACACUAUAGUACAGAAUAUUAUCAUGAGAUAAUUUACAGUGAUUACUGAUAACAGUAAUGAUACCAAAUGUUUUAACAAUCUUUUUCUACCUUUAUUAAUAGCAAGCAGCACAUUUGAAUGUGUAGAUUUCACAGUAACUUCAAAGAGAACCUAAGAUCCAGUCACGUGUUGGUUAUAAGGAUACCCGGCAUUCAAGUCAUAUGGUUUGUUUUAAGUGCCCCCCCACCCCCGCCCCGCCACCACCCAAAGAAAAGUCUUUUCAUCACAGUAGACACUUAAAAGAGUGCCUGGGUGAUAAAUAUGUCCUUUGUUCUCUUCUAUGAUUUUCUCAGUUGAGAUAUAUUUAAAAGAGAAUUUUUAUCUAUUUUUAUUAUAAAUUAUUUGCUAUCUUAACAUAUUAAUGCCUUAUCACUCUGUACAGAAAAAGUUUAAGACAGAGUCUCUAAGGUAUACAGACUCACCUCCUUUAACUGUUGUCUGACUGAACAGUCUUACCAGAUAAUGAACAAGUCCCUACAAGUAUGACUCUCAAAGAGAAAGGGACUUAAGGACACAUUCUGUCUGUGAUACUGUUUAAUGAAAAAGAAUUAAUUGUGAUAGCUGAAUCUUAUGUAUAUAUGUUGUCUUAGAAAUUCACAUUUAACUUGUAAGCUUUAAAUACAGAUUUAUUGGGGGGUUUUGGUUCACAUAUUCAGAAUUUAAAUUAUGAUCAUUUAUUGUGAUGUUUUUAAGAAUCACUGUUAAGCCUUCAAAGUGAAAAUGUCAAUGUGAUGCACUUUCAUGCUAUUAGUAUGUAUAGUAUAUCCUAAUAUAUUACCUUUAAAAUAUUAAGGCAGAAACAUAUAGUGAUUCGAUGACACUGUUUUGGGUUUUCUUUUUAACCCCAGAUGAAGAUAUUGCAAGUUUUUUUUUUGCUAUCAGAAUUUCUCUUUUUUAACUGUUUAAAAGCCUAUUCUGGUUUUUACUAAUACCAGUUCAACAUGUUUAUGCUAUAAUAAGCUUUCAAGAUUUUUUCAAAAAUCAGGUGAACCAUAUUUAUUCAAUAAAUAUCUAUAGAUAAUAUGGUAUAACAUACCUUCCCAUCUUAAGAAAAGUGCUAAAUUUGAAGUGUAAUCUUUUAAGUACCGUCAUCUACCCAUUUCUAUUUUUUUCAAAUAUAAUUUUGAACAUACUAUUCACUUUUAUACAGGUUACCUAAAUCUCUGAAGUAGGGAAAUGCAUAGAUCAAGACUUUGACUUAAUUUGUAAGCUGCUAAAGCUAUUUUAAAGAGAUAUAAGUUUAAAGUUAAAGGAAUCUUGUUUAAAAUUAUAUAAUUUCCUCAUAACCUUUUCUCUCCACAAAAAAAAUAUCUUCUGUAAUAAAAGGAUGUAUGACAUUAAUCUCUUUUACGGAGAACAGGCCAUAGUCGUUUUUUAUUUUCAUUUGCUUAUUUUACUUAUCGUUUCCAGUUGGACAAGAUGAGAAUAGUUUGGCUUAAUCUUUUCCUAUUUAAAGACAUAGUUUCACUCGCUAAAAGAAGUUUAUACAAUUUUAACUUGCUAAUUCAGAUAUACCUGAUAAUUUUUCAAUAUUGUACAUAAAUACACAGUAUGUACUUUCAUGUACAUUAAAAAUCCAAAAGUAUUCCUUAGAAUCUAUUAAUGUUCCCUUUGCCUAGGUUAUUUAAUAUCAAGCUUAUACUUUAUUUUCAAAUGACAGUUUUAAUGAACAUUAUUCUUAUCCAACUACCAGUCUGCAUUAUUUUUUUACAUUCAAAAUAUUUAUAUGAGUAUGAUUUUUUUUAUAAAUCAUACUAAAGCAAUAUAAAUAGGUUCCUAGAAUUUAUGACUAACAUAAACCUCUUCCUCUUAGAAGUACUAGAAAGUUUACUUUUAAAAUUUUCUUGAUCCUUGUCUGCCUUGUUUUCUAUAAGAAUGUCUGCAUUUUUUUUAAUUUUUGCUUUUCUUUGUGCAUAAAUUAUGAUGUCCAGUGAUAGUUUAAAGAGUAAGAUUUGGGUGUAAGUUACUUUAGGGUGCCAGUAAUGCAGCGCUUUGACAUAAUACCUGGAAUCUGUCCUAAAGAUUCUGCUGGUUUUUGUUUUUUCCUCCACUCUUUGUGAUGUCGUUUCACAAAUGGUAGGAAUUUUUUCUGCAUUUAUACACAGGAUUGAUAGGAUCUCUGAAAAGAAUUUUGCUUAUCUUGAAUAUGCUGUCUCAAGCAAAUAUUUAACAACUAUUCACAAGGAAAAACUUUACAGUUUAAACACACAUAAGUGUAACUUUGGCAAAGUUCAGUGACUGAAAAACGAUUUUCUCCUCAACUGUUUUAAUAAUUAUAGUACUGUCCGGCCUGUAGAAAACUAUAACACUUAACACAGCUAAAAAAAAUGUUUAAGAUUUAUGAAGUAUGUAUGUAUAUAGAUACAUACAGAUACAAAGAUCAACUAAAGAAUUUCUCACAUAAAUUCUCUUAUCAAUAUAUUUUUGAGCUCAUACCACUGAAAUAAGUUACUCUCUGUAUUUCCAGAGUUGGAAUAUUUGGGAAGAUAUUGAUAAUACCAUCUCUGUAAUAAUUUUCUGCCUGCACAAAAUUUACUAUUUUAUAUCUGCCAAUUAAAAAGACUUUAGUCUAGCCACCGUGUUUGGCAUCAUGUUUAAGGUCAUGAAAAACUAAAUUCCAUAGCUCACAAUUGCAUAAAAAUAUAUCCAAAGGGCUAUGUCAGCAGUGGUUCUCCCAAAUGGUGGAAUUAUGGAUAUUUUUAAUUCUACUUUUCUAUAUUUUUUUUCUCAGUGAGCAAUGUGUUAUUUUUUAAAAACCCAACUGGAAAUGUUUCGUAAGGAUUUUAAGUGAACUGAAUAGUAAGCACUGUAACUUUUCAAAUGUCACUUUUAUUACCAAAGAUCAAAACAUAGUUUAGAGCUCCUGGAUCUACCAGGUUUAAGUAUGUGAUCUGGUGAAGACAAAUGAUUAUGGCUUUUUCUUCUGGUAUUUUGUGUAAUGUAAUGGUUAAGAACAGGGACUUUGCAGGCAGUUGGAUUCUAACCCUGUAAAAUGAGGCUACUAUACCUACCACAUGGGGUUACUGUAAGGAUUCAAUGAAACUGUUUAUAAAGCACUUGAUAAUUAAAGAAACUGCUAGUUAUUGGUUUAGUUAAUAAUAUAUGACCAUAAGCACAUGGCUCGACAUUUUCUCUGCAACCACAAUUUCUAAAGGCAACUAUUUCUUUGUCAACUAUUUGAUAUUUUAAUUAUUCUCCAUAGAUUUGAGGUUCAAGAGAAUUAGUUUUAUAAUCAAGCAUGUUAAUAGUCUAUAAACAAUGUUGUAGUGUUAAAGAAGUAUACCUACAAUUUUAUUUAUUUUUUUUAAUUUUAAGACCUUUUAGAACUAUGAGUAAUAAACUUCCUUUGAAAGGGUCUAGACAUACUCACCCUGAACCACAUUCCUGUAACACACUCUGAUGGUGCUUUACAAAAUCUUCCAAGUGCCUUCAUUCAUUUUGCCUCAUUUGAGCUUCACAGUAACCUGAUGAUCAGACAAGUAGAUGUUAUGUCCAUUCUGCAGAACAGGAAACAGCUCUGAAAUGUAGGUGACAUAGCUCGAGAUAGAGUUCCUAGAAUAAUGCCUGAUGCCAGAGCCAUGCCUGGCAGGAGCAGUUAGUUGCUCGGCCAGUCUUGUUAAAUAACUACGGGGUCAAUAGUGAGGGAUGGAGCUUCUGUUUGAAAACAUCUGGUUCCUAGCUCUACUCAGACGUAGAGUGAAAACAAACUGUGGAAUUAGGAGUGCUCACUUUUGCGAAUGCUUUAAGCUUUUGCAGUAUUUAAAUAAAAUAAUAAGAGUAACAGCUAAAUUUAUUGAGUGCUCGCUCUGUGCCUGGCACUUUUCUAAGUGUGUGAGAUGUAUUAACUAUUUAAUCCUCACAGGGUACUUUAUGAGGGACUAUUUUUCCUUAUUUCUCUGAUGAGGAAACUGGGACACAAAGAAGUUAUAAGGAGUUUCACAAACAUAGUCAAUAUCCUGCAUUUAGGAAGUGGCUGAGCCUGAUGAGUCUGCUCAACUACCAUGCUGUUUUUACCUCUUUAAGUAGUUUUCUUAAAAACAAAUCUUUCAUAGUUAUAUAUAGUAACUGAUCAAUCCAAGGAACCCAGAAAGUCCUAGUGAUAAUUGGUUUUGAAAGUUAAUUUAAAUCCAUUUAAUUAUAUAAGCUUUUUGGACUUUUCAUUAUACUCUCUUAUCCUUCAAGGUUUGGAACAGCCUUUAUAAUUGAUGUUCUCCAGAAGAGCUUCUGUACCAUUCUUUCUUAAAUUCAGAUAUUAUCCAAAGUUUUUCUUGGCAGAUGGAUGUAUUAAGGAAUUAAAUAGCUUUUCAAUGUUAGUUCCAAAAAUGCUAUUUUAAUUGAUUUUCAAAAGGUAGUUAUAAGACUCUGUCAUAAAGAACAACUGAAUUAACACAGAACUAUCUCAAACCCCAAAAGCCUUAUUUAUAUUUAAGAAAAUUUUAAUAAUUAAAGUGAGCUCUAGAAACAUCAUAGUUGCCCGGUCUGUUAGCACACAAAAAGGCCUCUGAUAACUUGCUUCGUAAAUAACACUGGUGUGGAGCCCCCACCCACCAAACAGUGACUUGAAUGUGUGCAAUUCUAUUAUAGUGAAGUUUUCGCCAGGUCAGCCUAUUAGUUCGGCUUUAGAUAUUAUUAAAAGCAAUGAGGUAGAAUGCUCCAUACCACCAAUUAUGAUCCAUGAUCAUCCAGGUAAAGGAACGUAAACAUCUUUUCAUUGUUAAAUAGAUUUCUAACUUAAAUAACAUUAACAUUUGUUAAUUUUGUUAUAAAAUCCCAUUUCUAAAAUCCAUAAGGAACUAUACAGCAGCUUAAAAAGGCAAUGAUAGUGUACUUUAGAAGUGGAAGUCACUGUUAGUCACCAGGAUCACCUCCUUUUCUUCCUCCUGUGGCAGUUGGUUUAUUUAAAUAAAUUCACACUAACCAUCAGUCACCAUUUCAUUCUGAACAAUUAAAAGUUUGUAUUUUCCCAUUUCCUUGCAAUAGGGUAAUAUAAAGAUUGGCAUUAUAAGUUAGAGGCUCAACUAAUCUCACUGUGUGCGUUCCACAUCCAACAAGCCAUGGCCCUUUCGCGUGCUGGGCGCAGGAGAGACACUGCCUCUGGCUUUCCAGCGAUCUGACCACGUGACCCGGUCAACUGGGACAGCUCCUCUGACUGCACCCCUUCUGUUUCCUAGGAUGCUGAUGUGGUUUAGUUCUUCUCAGAGGUUAGAGUUGGAAAGUGAAAACCCUAGAUAAUUGUUGUGGGGUGUUUUGCCUAGGUAUAGUCAUUCAUUGUCUGGUGUGUCUUCUUUACUGGUAUGUUGCUCUCAAGUGUACCAAAGGACAUUUCAUUCUGUUGAAAGCUCCACGAUCAAAAGGAAAGAAUUGCAAUGAUUUCCAAAUACACUUCUCGCCUGUACCAGCAGCGGCACACUGAAAAGCACUGCCCAGCACAACGGAGCUAAACAGCAGGUCCACAAGGGCCUUAUCACUGCGGCUGUGGCGGGAAACCCGGCCUCUAAGCAGCUGCUUACAAACCUGGUGUUUUUUAGUAAGACAGAGUUAAGCAAAAUUGGCAGAUCUUUUUUUUUUAAUGUUGAAAAUUUUAAACUAUGAGUUAAAUGGACAAACAGGAUGUAGUACCCUUGGUUACAUAUUUACAUUUGAAGUAAAGUGAGAUGAGGCCCCAUAAUACCAAGUACAGAAAAAAGUUUAGCCCUCAGAUUUAAAUAUGUCCAAAUUAAACAGUAUUUUUACGAUUAUCUGGUGUGCUGUGCUCAUGAAAAAUACAUGUUAAAGUAUAUAGGGCAAAGCAUUAGUUGGUAAAUUAUAUGUUAAAUUAGUUGGUAAAAUACAUGUUAAAGUAUAUAGGGCAAAGCAUUAGUUGGUAAAUUAUUGUAAUGAGGAGUAAAAAUAGACGUGUUCCUUCCUAAAAAUAUGGGACUCCGCCAUGUAACUCUCUUCUGUUUUUAGAAUCUGUAGUCAUUAUUCUUAAUCCCACCAGAAAUGUAGUCAUCCUGUGAGCAUGCAGUGUUCACUGUCGUGUUCGUCACAGCAUUCAAACUGUUAACCAGGCAUUGUUCAUGUAGAGUUGAAAUGCACUGUUCAUGCCUCUCAUGUUCAUCGUCCAGACUUAUGUGAAGAACAUACUGACCCCCCGCCCCCACCUCCAUCCCAAAGCUGUAGGCUUCCCUCCCUCUAAAAACAGUAGAACUUUCUGUCAAAGUUUCAUUGAGGAACCGCGAUUACACCAAUAACAGGUACAGCAGAAUGAUUUUGUUGUGGUAAAUGUUUUUUCUAGAAUCCCUAAUAUCUCAGUUUGCAAAGGAGAGCAGUACCCUUUGUGACUUUAAAUAAUUUCUCUCUACUUUGAGAUAUACCUGCCUAAUUAUAUUUUCCAUAGGUUCAUGUGAAAAAGAAGUUUGACAUUCUCACAGGGUCCAUUGAGAGCCAGUUUGGAAAUGUUUUAAUUGCCAUCAUUACUUUACAUGUGGAUUAUGGACAAAUCAAAGUUUUCUCUGAACUAUAUCACAGAACUAUUAUAUAAAAUCAUAUGUAUUUACUUUCAAAUUUUAACAUUUCAUUAAUUUGUUAAAUUUCAGAGACAAAUCUUUUCCCUCUUGUGUGUGGAUAAAGUUGUGGUUUUAUUUCUAAGAAUAGAGUUGGUCUGCUGUGCUGACUUCAUAUCUGUCAUUCCAAAGGUUUAUCUUUUUCUUCAAAGAUAAAAAAUGCAAUGGAAAUUCAAUUUACAAAGACAUAUAUUGAUAUUUCUAGACAUGGUCUAGUUCUAAAAGAAUUUACUUGGUUUGCAUUUUUUAAGCAUUUCAUGUAGACAGAUUAAUAUAUUUUUAUACAACACUUUCUACAUUUAUUUCUAGGCUGUUUUCAGUGACUUUUUCAAGUGCAUGUUAACAGAAGAUGGUUUGGAACGAGUGUGCAGUGGCCUUCAUCACCAACUCAAAAGAAGUGUAAUACAUAUGAUUAUAGAACAAGAAUGUUUAUCCUGUACACUGAAACCUAAUGACUUUUCUAAAGCUUUGUAUGUUUUUUCAUGAAGCAGAUUAAAUAUUUUCUCUCUAAA